AUGGUCCGAUUUGUGGACGUCGUGCGGAUCGAAGGAAAAGAAGCAGCGUCAGCGAGACUGUCCGUUUCAGGCCCGACGGUCAACAACCCCCAACAACGCGGUAAAACUGUAACAGCUUCCUGCUCAUCGCUGCCGUCGUCGAUGGAACCUGAAAUAUGGGACGACGAAUUCGAGCUGGACGAGCCAAUUCCCAGUACCAGCACGGCGCCACCCCGACGGACCUCACAUGAACAUUCCUCCGACGAAGACGACUUUGGAUUGUGGGACAACGAGGACCGUACCCUCACUGCUCGUUCGUCGCGAAAGCCGUCGACGCCACCGCCGCCAGUGCCGCCACUUUCUUCGUCGCUCCAUUCACCCACAGCUUCGCUUUUCUCCGCACCGUCAUACCAUGCCAACAACUCAUCCACUCACCUCCGGCCGACGUUCUCUCGGACGUCUGCUUCGACCCUAGCACACCUAUCUCCUUCACCGCCUAUCGCACGACGGAGACUGAAGAAGAAGAGCCGUCCUCCGGAGACUAUGGGAAUGUAUGAGAUGCAGGAAUUUACUGAGGAGGAUUUACCGGCGGCACGAGAGAAGGACGACGAUCCUCCGACUUUACCAACCGUCCUGACGAGAAUUGGGAGUGUCAAGUCUAAGUGGGGCAUCAGACGAAAACGAGCGAGCGCGACACCGAGCGAGGUUGUUCGUGAAGAACGACACGAUACUUCAUCUUCAUCAUGGUUCGCCCAUCCUCCUUCAAUAAACAAGCGAAAAUCAACAUCAGGAUUACCUGCAGACUUAGAGGCUGAGCUGAAUGCAACACCCACCCCAAAAGAAGGUAGCCGCAAUUGGAUGGGCAAUGUUCGACGCAUAAGUCUCGGAGGCAAGCAUAAACGGGGUAUAUCUAUUGGUACUCCAGGUAUUUCAGGUCCUGACAUUCCUACGGUGGAGCCACUACCAUCGUCUCCCUCAAAGGUAGCUUCACUAGGACGGACCAUCGCCCCGAGCACCGCGCCUGUAACACGGCGAAAUUCUCUGGGUGACCUCAAAAUUCCCGCUCAUGUAGCUCAGGCACAAGUUGGCCUACGAAGGGAUCUGGGCCUGGUCAAGGAGUUUGCACAGAGCGUCGACGAACUCAAGUCCUUGCAAACCAACUACCAAGCUCUUGUUACUAAACUCGAUCCUCUUCUCGCUCAAUCCCCUUCAUCUGGUCCCUCAUCUUUGCCCUCUAUCCCUGUUUUCCAUACCCGUGAACGAUCAAAAUCGAACGCGAACCAUUUCACAUCGGAAUACUAUGUCAUCAAUUCGAAAUAUAGAAUUGCUUGGGAAUGUGCCGAUAUUCUCGUUGAUCUAGGGACCGGUGCGCCGUCGACGAGUGUCAGUGCCCCAGCCAUAGCCACCGCGAUGACCACACGAAAAGAUGAGCCGCCACCAUCCCUUGCCCCGCCUAUGGCCUCACCUACUUCUGCCUGGCGCGCUUCCACUGGCCGACAUGAUCUCAGUCAACGUCAACUGCAGCUCCUUCAAGAGAUGCUGGCUUCCCCUGAAUCCCAUCAUCCAACUACAAUCAAUCGCGAAUGGCGCUGGGGAGACAGCACCAUAACGCUCCCGUCACAGUCAGAAGAGUCAUCAAAUCGAGCUCCCGAGGACGAUGCUACGAAGAAAAGACGGGGCAGUAGACUUGGUCUGGGAGGGCUGAGAGAUGUACUGAAAGCCUUGAAAUGGCAUCAGCACAACAAUCACCACCACCACCACCACCACCACCAUGAUCAGCAUCAGCAUCAAAGCGCAAAUCAGUCAAAUGCAUCACUGCACUCAAACGGUAUUGAUAGCCAUUUGUACCCUCAUGCCAGGCUUCCAACAUACGGUCGUCGGCGCGCCAAGACGUCGAGUGAGCCGUAUGAGUCAUAUUCUUCUCUAUCGAAUGUGCAUGGAAAGCCCGCGUCGAGUCCGAGAAGGCCCCCUCUCGCCUCUAUCUUCCGGAUUGGAUCGAGCAAAACUUCAAGUUCCAAAUCGAGCAGCGUGGCUGGGGGUGCAGAUGCGAGUAAAAGCAAUCUCAACUUGUCCUUGGUGCCUACAUCGAGCUCAGAUUAUGGGUGGGAUCAUUUCGAUGACCGGGAAGAGCAUGGAGAUACCAUUCGUGUGAAGAAUCGGUUAUCGAAUGUUGAGGAGGAGGCGAGGUCGAAGGGGUCUUCGCAGCCUGGACCAUCGAGUGUGAUUCCAUCUCUUCCGAAUGGAUUUACAUCCCAUCCGCAUGAUGGAUAUGUGAAUGGAUCUACCAGACCGCCGCUGCUUCCGCCGUUAGACAUCAAAGGCAAAGGGGUGCUGAAAUCUGGCUCCGUGCGCUCGAUGCCACCAACUCCUGCGGUAGCAAUGACCCCGGAGAAUAUCAAGCCCUUGCUGGAGAAUGCGAAGGAGGUAAAGAGGCGCCUAGAAGAGUGUAUCGAGGAGCUGAGGACGCUGUUGAAGAAGGUCGACACAGCAGAGAAGUAGAGUCAUAUCUGUAUCAUUUAUCAUUUGGUUUUUGUGUGAUGCAUUGCUUUCGGUUUAGCUUUUGUGCAUUAAUAUUAUUUCUAUCGAAAUAAUCUG